ACACGCACACACACAAUCCCCCCUCUCGUUUCUACAGCUCCCACUCUUGUUCCUCAGCUAGCCUAGCAAUAACGCUAAUACUCAUAACCUAACCCAAACUCCCUCAAGUUUUAGACUAUUCGUGCUUAGUUGUAUGGGCAUAAAAUGGAGCAGCAAGCUAUGCUGUUACAUCACUACCGUCGCGAUCGCCGAAAGCUGUUAGAGUUUCUGUUAUCGUCAGGUUUGAUCAAAGAGCUCCGUACUCCAUCUGGUCCUACUAAUUCACUCUCCAAUCUCGAUUUUGAUUCUCUUAGCGCCGAUUAUAUCAUCCACUGCGUUAAAUCAGCAGGUGGAGUCGUUGAUGUUACUGAAGCGACUAACAAGUACUCGGAUGAAUCUGCUUAUCCUGUCACGCUGCAGAUACAUUCUCAAACGAGGAGCUCCUAUUUUGUUGUUUCUGAACCAGAGUCAGCUGGUUCUCCCCCUAGGCGUGCGCCUCCUCCUCUGUAUGCUAAACAAGCAGCUGAUACAUCAUGUUUAUCAAGUCAAAUGGAUCGUGUACAUAUUGAGAAGGCCACUACGUCUGGGGAUGACAGCGGUCCUGGAUAUGAACCAGCGACAAAUGCACCUACCAGGCCCUUAGAGAAUUCUGAAUUUCCAAUUCCUUCACUUGGAUUACCUAGCCUAAAAACAGGAUUGUCUGAUGACGACUUGCGGGAAUCAGCCUACGAACUUUUGCUUGCAUCUAUAUUUUUCUCUGGGGUUGAAGCAAAUUCAGUUGAGGAUAGAAGGAAGGAAAAGACUUCUAAAUUUUUGUCAGGGUUGAAGAGUAAAAGGGAUAAAAUGCAAUCACAAUCUCAGUCUGUUGGAAGAAAGUCAGAACUAAUGGACAUUGUCCGUGUUCAGAUGCAGAUUUCAGAAGCAAUGGAUUCAUGCACUAGGCGGAAUUUGAUGCAGUUGGCAGCAAGGAAAAUGAGUGGACAAAUUGAUCUUACCCAUAUCGCUCUUGGGCUUUUGAAUGGAACUUUCAAGUCUGAUUUUCUUAAUGAAAGAUCAUAUAUGCAAUGGAAAAGUAGGCAGGCAAACAUUUUAGAAGAACUUCUAUGUUCUGCUAUUGGUACAACAAAUGAACAUCUAACCAUCAGAAGCUAUGUUGCUAAAAUCAGAGAUGAGAAGGAAUGGGAUACCAUGAUGUCUGCUUCUGAACGUGUUGCAGUUGUAGCAUCUAUUAGACAGGUGGCUGUUAAACUAUCAUCCUUGCCUGCACAGUUUGGUAUUCAAGGUGAAACCUUCUAUUGGACUGCCAUCUAUCAAGUGAACAUUAGACUUUAUCAGAAAUUACUGUUUGGGUUAUUUGAUGUUCUUGAUGAAGAUCAGCUCAUAGAGGAAGCUGAUGAAAUGCUGCUGCUUAUAAAAUUAACCUGGUCUACUUUAGGCAUUACUGAAACAAUGCAUGAUGCAUUAUAUGGGUGGGUCCUUUUUCAACAGUUUGUUAGAACAGGUGGGAGUGCGCUAUUAGAAAAUGCAGUUCUUCACCUGCAGAAGGUCCUAUCUACUGAAGAAGAUGACAGGAAGGAGCAGUAUAUGAAUAGCCUAGUAUGUACAAAGCAAUGCAAUGGCAGUCACUUGAAGUUGCAUCUGUUGCAGUCUAUUUUCGUCUCAAUAAGCAUGUGGUGUGACUAUAAACUGCAAGAUUAUCAUUCACAUUUCAGCCAGAAACCUUAUAACUUUCGAAUGAUAAUAUCCUUGGUGUCAGCAGUAGGGGUUCUUGCUUCUGAUGAAUCUGGUGAUCUGAAGUUGAUGAAAUUAAACGCUUCGGAUGCUAAAGCUUCUAGAAAACUUAAAUCCUAUGUCAAAAAGUCUACUGAAGCUGCAUUCAGGAAGGUAGCAAGUAAGGUGGAUCUUGAGUCUAAAAUAGAAAGGAUACAUCCCCUGGCUCAGCUUGCUAAAGAACUGAAGUUGAUUGCUGAGACAGAGUUCAAUGUGUUUCACCCAGUGUUACGUUGCUGGUGUCCUGAGUCUGUGACUAUAUCAGUUGUGCUAUUGCACCAAUUUUACGGGGAAAGACUGAAACCUUUCCUCAAGGGAGUGUCAUCUGUUUCUGGAGAUGCUAGAUCAGUGCUUCCAGCUGCUUAUAUGUUGGAUCAGUACCUGACUAAGCUAUAUACUUCUGCUUUGGAAGCCAAUAAGUUGCUGAAUUCUUUCAAUCAAGAUUUCAAACACUAUCAGAUUGGAGAAAUUUCGAAACCAUUCAUUCUUGAUUGGGUGAUUUCUCAGCAUUCUCGUAUCUUGGAAUGGACUGGACGUGCUUUUGAUAUUGAGGAUUGGGAGCCUUUAUCAUAUCAUCAGAGACAUGCAGCAUCAAUAGUUGAAGUUUUUAGGAUUAUAGAGGAGACUGUGGAUCAAUUAUUUGGCUUCAAUCUUCCUAUGGAUAUUACACAUUUACAAGCCCUGCUAUCUGUGAUUUUUCACAGCUUGGAUGCCUAUUUGAUGAAAAUGCUCAAUCAGUUAGUUGAGAAAAACCAUCUCUAUCCAUCAGCUCCUCCUAUAACUCGCUAUACAGAGACUGUUAUUCCAAUGAUAAAGAGAAGUUUGGUGGUUGGUACACUUUUGGAUGAGACUGUUGCUCGUAAGUUGAAUGAAUUGACUAUACCAAAACUCUGCAUCAGGUUGAACACACUUCAAUAUAUUCAGAAACAAGUUGCCAUUCUAGAAGAUGGAAUUAGAAAAUCAUGGGGACUCAUUAGACCAUCUCUUGACCAAAGACAAAUGAAAGAAGAGGUCCUGGAAGAGAGGAGUUUGCUAACAAGCAGUGAAGCAGUUGAUGCGCUGUUCGCCACCACAUGUCACAUAAUCAGGGACACCACAACAGAUGCUAUCAGAAAAUUUUGUGACUUUACUGGAGCAAGAGUUGUGUUUUGGGAUCUGAGAGAUCAAUUCCUCUUUCAUUUAUAUCGUGGCGAUGUUGGAAGUUCUCGCUUGGAAAGUUUUCUUCCUCAUGUUGAUACUGUUCUUGAUCAUAUAUGUGGUUUGAUUGAUGAUACUCUCAGAGACCUUGUGGUUUUAAGCAUCUGUCGUGCAUCUUUGGAGGGUUAUGUGUGGGUAUUGCUGGAUGGAGGUCCUUCUCGUGCAUUUUCUGAUUCAGAUAUCACAAUGAUGGAAGAUGACCUUAAUGUAUUGAAGGAAUUCUUUGUUGCUGAAGGAGAAGGCCUUCCUCGUUCCUUAGUUGAGCAAGAAGCGAAAUUUGCCCAACAAAUACUUGGCUUAUUUUCCCUCAAGACUGAAACUAUUGUCCGCAUGCUGAUGAAUGCAAGUGAACACAUAUCAAUGAGAGUGGAUUCUCAUAAACAUGGUCACAUGGGCUUGGAAGAUGCCCAUACUUUAGUACGAGUGCUAUGCCACAAGAAAGACAGAGAAGCGUCUAAAUUCUUAAAACAGCAAUAUGAACUUCCCAUGUCUUCAGAGUAUGAUGACACUUCAUCAAGGGAUUCAAAUUUUGGGUCACCUCUUAUACCAGAUCUUCUUAAGCGAAGUACCUCAUUUCAUUGGCCGAAAAAUGGCCAAAGCAGUUUCAAAUCGAUAAGGAAGAAACUUCAAGCAGCAACAUCUGAAAUCAGGGAUGUGGCCCGGUAACAGUGCUGCCUCUUGGUAUUUUGUCAUCUUUAUUUCUGGUGUCGACUUCAACAGAACUAGUUGGAGUUUAUUUUGCAAGUCAUUGGAAAAUUCUGCACGAUAUAUAUUUGUGUGUAAAUCAACUAUGAUCCUGGUGUCAUUCAACCAGCUACUUCCUAGGCAAGACGGAUAUGUUUAGUUAUAGAAACGACUUGCUGCUGUCCCCAUAGUUAUGGGAAUUUGUUUCCUUUUCUUCUGAGCCUGUUCGAGCCGGUAAUGGUUCGUACAGCUAGAGCUAGCAGUUUAUGAUUCAACGGUCGUCUCUGUAACUUUAACGAAGUCACUUCUAGGUAGGCGAGUGAGGUCUUAGAAGGGCCUUCGUGGAAAUGUCAAUGUCAAUGUCAAUGUCAAUGUCAAUGUCCGCAACUGCUGAUUAGUCUCUCUCUAUCACAAUGAAAGCUUUUGCUACAAUGAGAACAGUUGAAUUUGUCUAUCUGUUUACGCAAAUCAUACUCCCUAUUUAAGCCUGUCACAAUCGGAGCACGGGAAAGCACAUUGUAAUUAUAGUUUUGAAACUUGGCCUGGUGGGUUGAUCAAAGACUUAGGCCUGAAACCAGGCUGAGUUUAAAUAAAAAAUAGUUUGGGAAUUGGCUCGGUAAAACUUGUUCGAUCCAGUAAACUCUUUACCUAGACUUGAUCUUGUUAUUUUUUAACAAUUAUCUUGCUCUUUAUCUCUCCUUCGAGCAAGUAAGCGGCACUAGAAGCAGGAUGAAAGCAAGCAAGGAGUGUAAGCCACUUGCUCGAUAGGGUAAGGAGAAGGAGCUGGGAAUGAGCUUGAUUAGCUGGGACCAAGAAGGGAUAGAGUUGAAAGAGAGGAUUUGAAGCAGCUCAUUUUCGUGGUCCAGAGGUGGGUCUCGACUGACUUUACUUUAAGAAGGUGCAAGCAGUUACCAUGUGCUAGAAUGAAUGUGUGGCUGUAAAAGAAAAAAAAGUGAAAAACAAGUGAAAUUGGAGGGCUAGUAUUAGCAAUAACAGCCUUCAUUUUCUUUUUUCAAUCAAAUUUUGUAUUUUUGGCUGAUAGCCUUUUUAGUUUCUCUUCUUCAAACCCUUCUCCUUCAACUCAUUCUUCUUCGUCUUCUUCUUCUGUACAAUCUCAGCCAUCCAAUUUGCCUCAAUCAACGGCGGCGGGUAAUCUAGAGCUCCUAGGAAUGGCAUCUGCUGGGUUUGAUCGCUUUAGAGAAAGGUGCGAAGGUUUGGAGAGAGUAAUCCUCUUCCUCUCAUGCUAAAAAGGUUGAAACUUUCCAAGGUGUCCACAUGUACAGCUUGUAAGAGUGUGUACUCUUUUGUGUUUUUGAUGGUGGGAUUCAUGGAAAAUUUAUGAAAAUGGGUCUUCGUUGUUUUU